AUGCGCUUUGCUAUAUUUUUGCUAGCUCUUGCUAUUGGAUGUGAAGCAUGUCACCCAAAAAUGGGACCUGUUGCAAAACCGACUACACCUGGAACUACCCAGGCUCCUACAACUACCCCAGCCACUACGACAACCACAGAAAGGGGUGAGUUAGAAGAGUCUGGAAGCUCCGAAAAAAGAUUUUUCCAGUCUGGGUGUGCGAUGAUGGUUGGACAACAGUUGUGCGAACCAUGGGCGGAUGGUGUAUGAAGGUUAUAAAUUUGGAGGUAUCAACUGCAAACGAAGCCGAGCAAACAUGCACCAUGGCUGGCGGUGUGAUUUCAUCUGUCGAAAACGACGAGGAGAUGCAGCUUAUCGGAACGUUGAAAAACGUCGAUUUAGUUUUUUUGGGCGCAACUCUCAAAACUGCAUGUGAAUGUUCAAGUGAGUGAUGGGAAAUAAAUUCUACAUAGAACUUUCCAAAUGUUUUCCAGCCCCAUCGGUCUGCACGAAAACAGCGACUUGUAGUUUGCAAACAGCCUACACUUGGAGCGACGGCUUUACUACAGGUACUCAAGUUUUUGCAGCUGCUCAAGAUUCUGAUUAUGGUGACGCUCUAUUUUGGCUGGAUGAGGCCUAUGGACCACAGAUUAUUGGAAUGCAUGCGAGUGUCGUGAGUUCAACACCAACGAAUGUCGUUUGUGGAAAACAGGCAACGUAA